AUGUACGACCAACGAUGUUAUGUUGGCUGCGGUUUACUUGACUGUGAACGAAUCAUAGCAGUUGGUGGGUAUAACAAUCAUGAUCGUUUGAAAUCAGCAGAAAUCUUUCAUAUACCAACAAAUCAGUGGCAUCGUAUUGCUGAAAUGAGUUUAAGAAGAAGUGAUGGCCAGUGCGUGAUAUCUAGAGGUGUAGCGUAUGCCAUCGGUGGUUUUGAUGGUAUGAACUGCCACGCAACUGUAGAAUAUUAUGAUCCAGUUGAUGACAAAUGGUUGCUUAUGAGCGACAAUAUGACAAGCCCCCGUUCUGGUGUUGGAGCAACAACCCUUGAAGGUAUUUUAUUCAUUUGUGGAGGAUUUGACGGUACAAAUCGAUUACAAAGUUGCGAAUUUGUUGAUAGUCGAGAAGGAAAAUGGCAUCGCUUGCGGUCAAUGAACCGACAAAGAUCAAAUUUCGGUAUUGAGGUACUGAAUAACCAGGUAGUAGUAGCAGGGGGUUAUGGUGGUAUGGUUGGUACUAUCGGUGAAACUGAAGCUUAUGACUUCCGAACAAACACCUGGACUGAGCUUCCAGUAAUGAAUUUGAGACGUUCAGCUUUGUAUCUUACUCGAAUUGAAAAUCACGAAAUUAUUGAGGCGUUUGUUCGCCCUCAAAACAGUACUAGCUAG